CUUGCCGUUCCGCCGCUGAUAGAGGCGGGGAAAUUCAAUCCCAACCUCGUGUUUGGUUUCUGCCUUCUCGUAGACGUCCACAAGGACAAUGUCUUCUCCAUAGUAGGAGGCCCUCAAGGUACCUGUAGCCUCGGCCUCCACUCCCCCACAAUCCGCCCAUCCUCCAAGCGGGCCCGACCGCGAUAAGAUAACACAUCCCUGCCUCACAUCCCCGCCUCCACACCAGCGCCCAAGCUCCCGUCCUGCCGCAAGCUUCAGGGGACCACCAGUCCACCACCGCGUCCAUGACGCUACCACAACUUGUCCCGACCAUCCUCUAACCCUAACAACAGCCAGCGCCGCUAUGAACUGGCUAACAGCCCUCGGCCUCGCCGCCGUGGUGAUCCCCUCGCUCUACAUCUACACCGUCUCCAUCGUCGCCACGCGGUUCCCCGUCCUGCGCAACAAGCGGAUAUGCCUGCUGAUUGCCCAUCCGGACGAUGAGGCCAUGUUCUUUGCGCCGACGGUGCUGGCGCUUACGAGGCCAGAGACGGGGAACCAUGUCAAGAUUUUGUGUUUGAGUAGUGGCGACGCAGAAGGCCUCGGCCCAACCCGCAAGCGCGAACUCGCCAAAUCCGGCACGCUCCUCGGCCUCCGCUCCCCCUCCGACGUCUUCGUAAUCGACUCGCCAUUCUUCCCCGAUAGCAUGACCACUCACUGGGACCCCGAGCGCAUCUCCCACUUGCUAGCCUCGGCCUUUGCUCCCGGACUUAACGAGACCACCAACCCUGCUUCCGCCAGUUUGCGAUCGUCGGGGAAGAACAAAGAAAAUAAAAAGGGGGAGGAGGUCAAGCCUACGAUCGACACCAUCAUCACUUUUGAUAAGCACGGAAUCUCGGGACAUCCGAAUCAUAUUUCCCUCUAUCACGGCGCUAGGUUGUUUGUUAGCCAGUUGUUGGCUGCUACGGCUGGAAGCAAGGAAAAGGGAAAGGGACAAGGGCAGGUGGAUAUAUAUACCCUCCCCACGCUCGGCCUUGCCCGCAAGUACAGCGGGAUUGUUGACGCCCUUCCUACCCUGCUGGAGUGGGCAUGGUCAGCGGGCAUUACGAAGAAGGAUAAGCAGGAAAGGCCGGGCGCAUUGGUGUUUAUGAAUAACCUCGUCCCUGGGGAGGGGUGGGCAAGUGUGGACAAAGCGUGGGCGGCGAUGACAAAGGCACAUGUGAGCCAGAUGCGCUGGUUCAGGUAUGGGUGGAUUGGGUUGAGUAGGUAUAUGUAUGUCAACAGUCUGGUUAGGGAGGAUGUUGCGCCAGCUACAGCGAAAGACUGAAGGGGCCCAAUGAGUGACAUGGAGAAAGAGGAGAUGGGUUUUUGCCUGGGCAGAAAGAUUGGAAACAUACGUUACGGCCGAUGUGACUAGCAUAGUUAAGCGGGAUAGCAUCUUGGAGCUCAUAUGGAAAAGCAUCAUGGCGUUGGCAGUUUGGAAAAGAAUAAUUGCAAUGAAGCUCAGGCAACGCC